AGGCUGAUGAACGGACGGUGACACUUUAUUCAAUUCUUCAAUCGUAGCAUCUGGCGUCGGAUGCUCUCGGAAGCCGCUAUGGAUUCCGGCGGUCCCAAAACCCUAGAUUCAGACACUCCCCUUUCUUCUUCUUCUUCUUCUUCUUUUUCUUCUUCUUCAAACUAUGGCGAUUGGAAAGAACGCAUCAUUUUCCCCACUAUUCUCGCAGGAUUUGUUGGGGGAGGUGCCGGACUAGUGUCCAAGCAUCGGAAAGUUCAUGGUCUGGCAAAUAUUUCUGCGACUUAUGCUACGAAUUUGUCCAUUGUCGCUGCUUGCUACUGUGGAGCACGCGAGUUUGUUAGAGUUUCUCGAAGGUCAGAACCUGACGACCUUAUGAACUCUGCAAUAGCAGGGUUCGGGACCGGAGCUCUUCUUGGACGCCUUCAAGGUGGUCGGCUCGGCUCUGUUCGAUACUCUAUUAUGUUCACCGUCGCUGGGACAGCAAUAGAUUACGCCACACUCAAACUAAAACCUGUUUUCAGAAGCUACAAAGAAACAAUACUCGAAGAAAGUAGUAGCUGGAUGAAAUUACCCGAAUGGUCCCCGAUCCAAGUACUGGACGAGGAAGCUUUAGCCGCUAAACAAGCUCGGGAGCAACAGCUCUACGCACAGAGGGUACUUGGGCAAGUAAACAAAAAGGAUCCUUGAAACAUUUUUAUCUCCCCAUAUAUCAAGGAAGGAAAGGAUCCAAAGUUUCUUGGAUUCUUCAAUAUACAAGUAGAGAUUAUAACCAUAUGGUGUGGAUUAUGAUAUAAUAAGAAGAGAAUUCUGAUAGUUGACAAUUUUGUUCUUUAUGUUUAAUUUCCUUUUCUCUGUUUAAUUUCAUAGGUCUGUUUACUUUGUGUUUCAUUAUCAAUAAACUGAUAUUUCUCUUCCAAA